AUGUUGCUGUGGUGUUCUGGAGGAAGCAGCUUAGAACACCAGACCAGCAGAAAGUUCACCUCGACAAACUGCUACUGUCCCUGCAUUCAGAAACUGAUUUCUCUUGGUUGCGUUGCAGGAAUCCAAGCCACAGAUCUGAGCAGCCUUCUGGAGCGGUUUGAGGAAACACAAGCCAAAGAGGAGACUGAGACUGAACCUGAAGGCAGUCCAGAUAGGAGCCCUGUUAGAGAUGAAGAGCCGAGCAACAACACUGAAGGGAUGCUGACACUGCUGGGUGCCUAUCUCCUCAGCACCCAAGAUAAACUCUGUCUUCCAGCACCCACUGGCUUUCCAGAACUUGUCAACACACUCGAACCCCUCAGAACUCCGGGACCCUUCAGAACUCCGGAGCCCCUCAGAACUCCGGGACCCCUCAGAACUCCGGAGCCCCUCAGAACUCCGGAGCCCCUCAGAACUCUGGAGCCCCUCAGAACUCCGGAGCCCCUCAGAACUCCGGAACCCCUCAGAACUCCGGAGCCCCUCAGAACUCUGGAACGCUGCGAUACUCAGGAACCUCUCAGCACCCAGAAUGUUCUCAGCACUCAGGAACAGGCCCCUGCACAGCCGCGCUGGAAACCACUUACCCCUGUCGCACCUCAGAGGAAGCAACCGGCGACCCCCAAACCUCUCCCUCACAAGGCCAUCCAAAUCAUCGACCCCCGUCCUCUACCACCCAAAAAGGUCCACCCCCUCCCCACAAAGCCCCCUGUCACCCCGACUGAGUUCCUGACACCAGUAUCUGUCUCCUCGGACCACGACUACUGUCUAUCUCAGGAUCAACCAGGAAGUAAUACUACUAUGUUAUGCAGCAAAAGGCAAACCAUACUCCCCGACCACCAACCAAUUCCCAACCCCUCCUCAGUGCCUGGCACGCAGAACUCUGGGAAAUAUUUGCGCCAGCAGCAGCCAGUGGACUCCAGGACUGUUCCAGAGACACAACUUCCCUCAGACUCUGCUCCGCCAUCUACAGAGAGCUCCCCUCUAGGGACGGACGCCAUUACUAGGUAG